AUGCUUUUUGCAGACGAUAUUGUGUUGAUUGCAGAGUCUAAAAAGCGCAUGAACGAGAGGGUAGAGGAGUGGCGAGUAGCUUUAGAGAGCAAUGGCCUAAGAAUUAGUCGAUCUAAGACUGAGUAUCUACACUGUGAUUUCAGUGGUCUAGCCGAUGAUGAUAACACCCAACUCACCAUUGAGGAUCAAUUGGUCCCGCAAGCAACUAAAUUUAAGUAUCUGGGGUCGUUUGUACAAAGAGAUGGUGAUACAGAUAGUGAUGUAACCCAUCGCAUACAGGCUGGCUGGUGUAGAUGGAGGGCAGCCAGAGGGGUAUUGUGCGAUAGGAGGUUCCCAACUAAAUUAAAGGGGAAAUUUUACAGGGUAGCAAUUAGGCCCACUAUGUUAUAUGGAACAGACUGUUGGGCUAUCAAGAAGACACAAGCGUGCAAAAUGGAGGUGGCAGAGAUGAGGAUGCUGAGGUGGAUGUGUGGAAACACGAGGUUAGAUCGAAUAAGAAAUGUAGUUUUUAGGGAAAGAUUAGGAGUGGCUAGUAUAUCAGAUAAGAUUAAGGAGGGGAGAUUGAGAUGGUUUGGGCAUAUGAAGCGGAGGGAAACAACGGCACCAGUUAGAGUAGUGGAAAAUCUCACUGUGGAGGGGAGGAGAGGAAGAGGUAGACCCAAACUGACCUGGGAUGAGCAAAUUAGGCAUGAUUUAUUAGAGUUGCACCUUUCUGAGGACAUGGCCCAAGAUAGGACUUUGUGGAGGCGUAGAAUUAGGGUUAAAGACUUUUAG